AUGUCAAAAAACAAAUCAAAAAAGCCAACAGUUGGCAAAAACUCAGUAAAUCCCUUUGAAAAAUUUGAUUCUAAAAUAAAAAACAAGGAACUAAACUUUGAUAAAAAAACCAAGAGUAAAUUUAUUAAGAAAGUCAAGGAUUCAGACAUAGUUUACGACUAUUCUAGCAAAAAGAGCAGGAAAUUACAGCUAUAUAAUUUAAAUGAGCCUAUCACCCUGACCCACAAAAACAAACCUAUUGAGGAAAAUUACGAUUCUGAUGUAGAUUUAUCCUCAGAGGAAGAGAUUGACUUGAAAGGAGACUACUCUAACAUUUCAGAAGCCUAUAAAGAGUAUAAGGAUAGGCGUGAAGCCAACAGAAAGGAUAAAUUAGACCAGAAAAACCUUUUACAAAAGCUAGAUAAGCAAUUUCAGGAGAUUGACUUUUCACAAUUUUACAAACCUUCAAAAAAGUCCCCCGAAUUUUACAAAACUGAGAAACCUAAGAAGUUAGAUGAGUACGAAACUAAUCUUAGAGACCUACAAUUGAAUACAAACACAGCAACCCCAAGAGUAAACCUAGUAAAAGAGUUCAAGUCAGCCUCUAACAUUUCUGAAAGGUCCGAAGUCGUAGAUAAGAUAAUUAAGUCUGACUCAGACUUUUUAAAUUUUGCAAAGGAUUACAUAACUCUUUAUCUCCAGUCACUGGUUGAUUACUUGAAAGGACAAGAUUUAACUAAGUUUCAUCACUAUUUUCUCAACUUCUCAAGAGGAUUUUUACACCUCUCUAAUAGGUCCUACAAGGAUUAUAAACAGUGUUUAGAGGAUGAGCUUUCGAAGAUUACCAUUCAAGCAGCUGAUUUAUACGAGUACUUACUACUUUAUUUAAUUGUAAAAACUGUUGAACCAGGAACUGAAAUUUAUAACUACGGACUAACACUUGUGGAGGGGUUUCUAGUUCGUUUUUAUCAACUUUUGGCCAGUCAAAUUAAGGAUAAGAAUAAUCCUCUAGAUAAACAUUUGUUGAUAAAGUCUAGAUUACUGUUAUUAAUUACCUACAAUUGUGUAAUCGAGACAGGAUAUUACAUGCCAUACUUUUAUCACGUUGCCAUAAAACUUUGUACCAUACCCUGUGUAGAUCGAGAUUUAAUUUUGUCAGUUCUAAAAACUGUUAAAGUAACUCUGAACCAACUUUUUGAUAAGAAGUGUUACAUUCAACCGAUAUUAUCGCUAAUCAUACUCCCAUCUCUUGAAGAAAUCGAGUCAAAUUUUACUAGCAUUGAAGCCUCUAAAGACUCUGAUUCCGCCAAAUUAACUGAAUUUACCGAAUUCAAGAAAUAUAUGCACGACCUGGCCAACAUCAACUAUCCAUUAAAAUCACUUGAUAUAUAUAACUCACAGAAAUUGAAUCCUGAAUUCCCCAAAUUGAACACAGUCAAAACCAAGUCCAACAAAUAUAAACUGGAUAAAACCAAACCCGAGUCGAAUAGGAAAAUAAGCAAGAGUGAUAAGCAGGAGUAUAAGAAUUUGAAGCGAGCUUUGUUGACUGAAUCACUUAAGAAAGCUGAGUUUGACAUCAAAAAGAGGGCUAAACAACGUUUGGAUACCGAUAAAAGGUACAAACAGGUUGUAAGGGACGCUAUGGUUGAGCAGGACAUGCUCAAGAAACUAUCAACUUCAGAUGUCUCAGUGUAUAAUAAAAAGAAGAAAUGA